CGGUACGGAACGGAAUAAAACGGCAUUUAAUUUGAACAACAUGGCUGCGCCCAGUGUAUGCCACACGGAUGAUCAAUUUUAGCGACAAUUUUUGAUAUAAUGGGAAAGGUACGAAGAGCAAGACAAAAGGCCCACAAUGUUGCUGUGAAGGGCAAAACAGGAGAUGGUACCUCCGUAAAACAAGAUGAAACAGUUGAGAUGGAUCAGGAUCGAGUUUUGCCAGUGUUUGAGGUACCACAGACACAGUGCAACAUUUUUGAUGGGCUGGACCUGUCAAAGUACAACCUUAAAGCCCAGUUACCCGAGUUUGAUACCCAGAGUGCAAUCACAUCAAAGUCACUGAAAGAGCUCAAGUUAAAGAAGAAAGAGAGGCAGAAAUUGAGACAUGAUCUUUGGUUAAAAAAGCUGAGUGCCAUUGAUUCUGCAAAGAAGGAUGCAAAGGAGAAGAAGAAGAAAGAGCAGACAGCAGUUGUUGGAGAUAUAGGGGCACUAGGAGAUGCUCUGCCUACACUCGAACUUCUGUUGAAGACCUCAACUAAACCAGUUCAGAGUGAACUAAAUAAACCAAAAGGCAUACAGAAAGAAAAGAAAAGAAAGAAACAAAUGAUGGACGAUAUUUCAGUUUUCCAGCAAGUGAUAAAGCAUCCAGCAUUUAAAGAAAAUCCUACCACUACUAUAGCAGAACAUUUACACAACAGACAAAAACAAGAGAAUAUGGAACCAUGACUAGACUAGUGUUGUGUAAAAUUUCUUAUUCAUGUUUCAGCCUCUACAAUGAUAGAAAGCAGUAUGUAAAAAUAAAUUAAUAGGUAUAAGUGGAUUUAUUGAGAAUAAAUUUGAAAAUAG